AUGACCUUCCUCCCUACUCCCCCGUCGCCCUCCAAACCAGGCUCUUUUCCCCCAGAAACAACCCCAGCAAUCCCCAUCGCUCCACCCCCAUGGUCUUUAAAAGCCAAAGCCUGGAUCUUCCUAUACACCGACCCUAACAGCACCAAUGCUCCACCUCAAAACCCAAACAACACCGACAAGAUCCUACAGUCUGUCCUCCCCCCAGGCGCCUACCACCCCUUCGAAACCAUCCACCCGUCCGCACUGCAAAGACUCCCAAAUGGCGAUCCCCAGUACCAGCCCUCGUGGCUGAAAAGCAUCAUGAUCGUGCGCUACGAAGACUCAGACGUAGGUCCCUACGACGAGAUAAUCUUCAUCCCGGGCCGGGCUGUCAAUCCGUACAGCGGCAAGAAGGAGCUGCGUAUCAGCACGAUCUAUGUCUCGACGGAUAACAGUGUUUGGAAUGGUCGGAGAAAUUGGAACAUCCCUAAACACCGUGGUCGAUUUGAAUUCACACCAGCUGAGAAGGGCAAGGACACUUUAUUGCGGAUAUAUCAUCCCGAAGACACGCCUGCGCCCCUCGAUCCAAAGACCCCCUUCUUCACGGCUCUGUUGAAGGAAUCCUGGCUCCCCAAGCUCCCAUUGCCUAGCCUGGCACCACUCUCGCUAGUUCAACCGCCACUAUCAACAUCGCGAUAUCCGCCUGGAGUCCAAGAUGCAACGAUUGCAACGGACGACCCGGGCAACGGGCGCGAGAACCCGUGGUUGUUGUGCAGGCCGUCGUUUAAGGGAUCCUGGGGUCUGGCAUACGCAGAUACGCUACAAGACGGGGAGGAUACAUUGCAGCAGCAUGGAGAUGGGAUUGGGUUUCCGGAGGUGAAUCUCUGGAGUGUUGGGGCCGCGUUUGAGGGCAUCAUUGGGUUUGGAGUGUCUGAUAUUGCCAGUUGA